GCGGAGCGCGGGGCAUCCUAGCAGACAGAGCUGGAGAGCAGGCGAGCGGAGGGGCCGCGGAGGACUGGAGCUGGCGCCUGGGGACCGCGGCUGUCACUGCGCUCCCAGCAUCCCUGGGACUAGCCCGGAACUGCGGAGGCGGCGGGUGCAGCCCCAGCCCCCCGCCCCUCUCGGAGCGCGCGUGGAGCCUCACGCUCUGGGCGGGCGUUCGUCACUUAGCACAAAGCACCUUUCCCACCAGCUGCGCCAGGGAGAGCGCACGGGCCGCGCUGCUGCGCACGCACCCCCUCUUCCCCUUUGUUUCGGGGGGUUCCUCGAGUCUGAGUUCUUCGCAAGGGGCUGAGGGCCACCGAGCUUAGGCUGCGAAGAUGCCUUUGGAGCUGACUCAGAGCCGGGUUCAGAAGAUCUGGAUCCCGGUGGACCACCGUCCCUCGCUGCCCAGAUCCUGUGGGCCGAAGCUGACCAACUCCCCCACGGUGAUCGUGAUGGUGGGCCUGCCAGCCCGGGGGAAGACCUACAUUUCCAAGAAGCUGACUCGCUACCUCAACUGGAUUGGCGUCCCCACGAAAGUGUUCAAUGUCGGAGAGUACCGUCGCGAGGCCGUGAAGCAGUACAGCUCCUACAGCUUCUUCCGCCCGGACAACGAGGAGGCCAUGAGGGUCCGCAGGCAGUGCGCCCUGGCUGCCUUGAGAGACGUCAAAGCUUACCUGACGAAGGAAGGGGGCCAGAUCUCAGUUUUCGAUGCCACCAAUACGACCAGAGAGAGGAGACACAUGAUCCUUCAUUUCGCCAAAGAAAACAAUUUCAAGGUGUUCUUCAUCGAGUCCGUGUGUGAUGACCCCACCGUCGUCGCCUCGAACAUCAUGGAAGUGAAAAUCUCCAGCCCGGAUUACAAAGACUGCAACUCAGCAGAAGCCAUGGACGACUUCAUGAAGAGAAUUAGUUGCUACGAAGCCAGCUAUCAGCCCCUCGACCCCGAUCAGUGUGACAGAGACCUGUCCCUGAUCAAGGUGAUCGACGUGGGCCGGCGGUUCCUGGUGAACAGAGUGCAGGACCACGUGCAGAGCCGCAUCGUGUACUACUUGAUGAACAUCCACGUGCAGCCCCGUGCCAUCUACCUGUGCCGGCACGGCGAGAGCGAGCACAACCUCCGCGGCAGGAUCGGAGGGGACUCGGGCCUGUCCAGCAGGGGCAGGAAGUUUGCCAGCACCCUGAGCAAAUUCGUGGAGGAGCAGAACCUGAAGGACCUCAAGGUGUGGACCAGCCAGCUGAAGAGCGCCAUCCAGACGGCCGAGGCCCUGCAGCUGCCCUACGAGCAGUGGAAGGCGCUGAACGAGAUCGAUGCUGGUGUCUGUGAGGAGAUGACCUAUGAGGAGAUCAAGGACACCUAUCCUGAGGAGUACGCCCUGCGCGAGCAGGACAAGUACUACUACCGGUACCCCACUGGGGAGUCCUACCAGGACCUGGUCCAGCGCCUGGAGCCGGUGAUCAUGGAGCUGGAGCGCCAGGAGAACGUGCUGGUCAUCUGUCACCAGGCCGUCCUGCGUUGCCUCUUGGCCUACUUCCUGGACAAGAGUGCAGAGGAGAUGCCUUACCUGAAAUGCCCCCUUCACACCGUCCUGAAACUGACGCCCGUCGCUUACGGUUGCCGCGUAGAGUCCAUCUACCUGAACGUGGAGUCAGUGAACACACACCGGGAGAGGUCAGAGGAUGCAAAGAAGGGACCUAACCCACUCAUGAGACGCAAUAGUGUCACCCCACUAGCCAGCCCUGAGCCCACCAAAAAGCCUCGCAUCAACAGCUUUGAGGAGCAUGUGGCCUCUGCCUCCGCUGCGCUGCCCAGCUGCCUGUCCCCGGAGGUGCCCACGCAGCUGCCCGGACAAGACGUGAAGGGCCCCCCGAGCAGCGCGGACCCCUCGCGGACGCAGUGAGGCGGACCCUGCAUCCCGCCGUUUCCCGCCCGCAGCUUAGGCAGCACCUCCACCCGCCCGAGGCCGGCGACCCCCAGGACUUCCCCCCAACGGGGUCGGACAGCGUGGAAGAGGGGCCUCGGGUCAAAGAGAACCCCUGCCCCCCAGACUGUCGGCCGGGAGACCCCAGGACGCCUCUCCCGUGCGCAUGUGCAAACGCAGCCCCAGCCGCCUCCCCACCCCACUCUCCCCGUCCCCCGCUGCCCCCGCCUUCCGGCCUGGGGCCUCCCCGACCCUCCACGAGGCCUGGGGGGGUGAGAGAGGCCCCGAGGAGGGGGUCUCAGGGGCCUCUGUGCUGUUCUGCUCCAUUUCUGGGAUCCUGGCCUGGAGUGUUCCCACUGGGUGACGCCGGCCCCGGGGCCUGGAUCCCGGCUGCCCAAGGUCCACGCUGUUGAAGGCGGCCCCGGGGCUCGCGGGGGA